AUGCAAGCCUACGUGCGCAACAUGCGCUUCAACAAGUGCAGGCAUUCCGUGACCGUGCAGUUCUGCGCGGAGGGCCAGCGAUGGCAACGCGACUUCGAGGUGGACUCGGACGCGACGAUUCGUGCGCUGAAGGAGUCCAUGCUUAAUCCCCGCGGUGGCGAGGAGGACAUCGACGCCUUUGAGCUGAGGCUGCGUGGACGCCGGGUUCCAGACUUUGAGAAGAUCUGCCAGGACUGUACUCUGGACUUCGAGUACCUAGGAGUGUCUGAAGGUACGCGGAAGGCACGGCUAGAUCGUCAAGAUGAACCGAGAUGGGAUAUGCUCCAGCUCCCGCAGCAGGAGCCACCCGAACGCAUCCGACCCCGCUCAGUACCAGCAACGAGGAAGAGCGACAGCUCUUCCGUGCGUAGUGAACCUUCUGAAGAGUCCUUCUUCCGAGCUACGCCGGCUCCUCGCCCGGCAGGAGCAGCUCGCAAGGGCCCAGCGGCUGCGGUGAAGCGCUGGGAAGUGGUGGGCGGCUCUGACAAGGGAGGCAUCCUGGUACGAGAAGGGCAGUCGACCACCUCCAAGCAGCUUACAGACCGCUUGUCCACAGGUGCUUUCAUUGAAGAGCUCGACUUGCGAGGAGAGCGGCUCCAGUUCAAGAGGCUGAGUGGGACUGGACCGGAGACAGGUUGGGUUAGUCUGAGUGUCUCUGGCAAGGAGCUCGUGCGACCCAAGCAGAUGUCUCCACAAGAGAUGCUCACGCUGGACAGCGCUCUUUCUUUGCAAGAAGAGCUGAUGGAGGGCUUUGGGAAGCCUGAAUUCCAGCGGUCGCUGGCGCAGCUCGUUCGUGCGCACCCCACGAAAACGGGCAGCGAGUUCUUGAAGAAGCGCACAGAGCUUUUCCUCUCCGUGCAGAGCGUGGUUCUCCCAAGGUACGGCUUCGAGGGCUCGCCAAAGGGCGUGGUUCAAAUGAUGGCGGCCUAUGCACCCCAUGGUCACUGCCCAGAAGUGGGCUGGAACAACGAUCAGCUGAAUAAACUGCUGCAGAUGUGA